UGCUGCGGCCCUGCUGCUCACAGCACAUGCCUCCCCUCCCCAGGUCGCGGCCCAGCUAACCCCCAGGGCUCCCCCUGGCAGCGGACAGGGAAGGGUUAAAGGCCCCCAGCUCCCUGCCCCCUGCCCUGGGGAACCCCUGGCCCAGUGGGGACAUGAACUGUGUUUGCCGCCUGUUUCUGGUCGUACUGAGCCUGUGGCCAGAUAGAGCUCUUGCCCCUGGGCCACCUCCUGGUCCUCCUCGAGCUUCUCCAGACCCUCGGGCCGAGCUGGACAGCACCGUCCUCCUUACCCGCUCCCUCCUGGCGGACACUCGGCAGCUGGCUGCACAGCUGAGGGACAAAUUCCCAGCCGAAGGGGAUCACAACCUUGAUUCUCUACCCACGCUGGCCAUGAGUGCGGGUGCCCUGGGAGCCCUGCAGCUCCCUGGUGUGCUGACACGACUUCGAACUGACCUGCUUUCCUACCUGCGCCAUGUACAGUGGCUGCGCCGGGCAGGUGGCCCUUCCCUGAAGACCCUGGAGCCUGAGCUGGGCGCCCUGCAGGCCCGACUGGACCGGCUACUGCGCCGGCUGCAGCUCCUGAUGUCCCGCCUGGCCCUGCCCCAGGCACCCCCAGACCCACCAGUGCCCCCUCUGGUCCCACCUGCCUCAGCCUGGGGAGGUGUCAGGGCGGCCCAUGCCAUCCUGGGGGGGCUGCAUCUGACACUGGACUGGGCCGUGAGGGGACUGCUGCUGCUGAAGACGCGGCUGUGACUGGGACCCAAAAUCACCAUCGUCCUUCAAAGACAGAUCUUAUUUAUUUAUUUAUUUCAGGACUAGGGGCACAGCAGCCAGGUGCAACCCCCCCCCUUUCUCCCCCUAGCAAGAUAUGGUCCUUCCAUGAGAUCUGGGGGGGAAACAUCUGUGCUUUAUUUAUACUUAUUUAUUUAAGCAAUGGGAUGCAGGAAGUGAGAGUUCUCCUGGGUACCUGAGAAGGAGGAAACUGAGAUUCCAGGUUAUUGGCUCUCUGAGAAGUCUGUCCAUAGAGCCUUCCUGGCUCCUACCCUCAGGGCCCAGGCAGGAGCAUAUAUUAUUUAUUAAACAAUUACUUUUUGUGUUAGGGUGGGGAGGGAGGGAAGAGGGAAGCCUGGAUUUUUGUACAAAAAUGUGAGACAUCUUUGUGAGACAGAGAACAGGGAAUUAAGUUUGUCACACAUA